CCAGAGGAAGCUGUAUCCUCACUUCUGUAUGAAUGCUUCAAGUUUAUUUCAUUUUACAUUCUUACUGAAAGAAGCAAGUGCAGCAUUUUGGAGACCAUGGAUGCUGAGGAAACAGCAAUUUUCCCUGACCAGGCUGCCCCUGUUCCAGGCAGCAGGAAAGAAGAACUCUUCCAAUCUCCUUGCACUAAAUGAGGCAGAACUAAAAGAACAGUUUGUAAGAGGUGAUGGCCCAGGAGGUCAGGCCACUAAUAAGACAAGCAACUGUGUUGUCUUGAAGCAUAUUCCAACAGGGAUUGUCAUUAAGUGUCAUCAAACAAGAUCAGUGGAGCAGAAUCGAAAGAUAGCCCGAGAAAUCCUGCAGGAAAAGGUUGACCUCUUCUAUAAAGGUGAAAAUAGUGAUGUUUUUAAAGAGAAGAAAGCAGCAGAGAGGAAGAAGCAAGAGAAGAAAAGAAGAGCAAGGGAAAACCUAGAAAGAAAAAGGCAUUUUAAAGAGAUGCAACAACUAGAUGGGAAAUAA